ACUGUCGCGAGUUCGGCACGGGAGAGGAAGUUUGGGCCUCGUCGGCCACCGCUCGCUUCAAUAUGGCUGCGCCCAGGGAACGGCGCGGCUGACGCGAAGGUGGUCGGUGCAGAUCCUAAACCCGUCAAGCAUGGAUCGCAGCGCAGAGUUCAGGAGAUGGAAGGCGCAGUGUCUCAGCAGAGCGGACCUCAGCCGGAAGGGCAGUGUGGACGAGGAUGCGGUAGAGAUUGUGCAGCUCCUGAACGCGCAGGAACAGUUUUUCACCACCAGCUCCUGCGCGGGCCGCAUCCUCCUCCUAGAUGGGGGCAUAAAUGGCUUUGAGGUUCAGAAAAAACAGUGUUGCUGGCUGCUGGUUACACAUAAACCUUGCGUAAAAGAGGAUAUGAUAGUAGCUCUGAGGAAGGCGAAUGGCGAUGCCAUUUUGAAAUUUGAACCAUUUGUUCUUCACGUGCAGUGUCGACAGUUGAGGGAUGCACAAAUUCUGCAUUCAGUGGCAAUCGAUUCUGGUUUCAGGAACUCUGGCAUAACAGUGGGAAAGAGAGGGAAGACUAUAUUGGCUGUCCGGAGUACGCAUGGCUUAGAAGUUCCAUUAAGCCAUAAUGGGAAACUGAUGGUGACAGAGGAAUAUGUUGACUUCCUGUUAAAUAUAGCAAAUCAGAAAAUGGAGGAAAAUAAGAAAAGAAUUGAAAGAGUUACAGAGAGAGGUAGAGACACAGAGAGAGAGGUCUUCCAUCCACUGAUCCACUCCCCAGAUGGCCGCAACAGCUGGAGCUGCGCCAAUCCGAAGCCAGGAGCUUCCUCCAGGUCUCCCACGUGGGUGCAGGAGCCCAAGGACUUGGGCCACCUUCUAUUGCUUUCCCAGGCCAUAGCAGAGAGCUGGAUGGGAAGUGGAGCAGCUGGGACUAGAACUGGUGCCCAUAUGGGAUGCCAGAGCUUCAGGCCAGGGCAUUAACCCACUUGGCCACAGUGCCAGCCCCUCUAGUUACUUCAAUACCCAACUCUUACCAUAGAUUAGAUCUAGAAUUGACAUAAUUGUCCAAGUAGAAAGGACUAUGUCUAUCAAUUCAUGUUUAUACUUAUCUUGUUUUUAAACUUCACUUCCCAGCAAAAGAAACUCUUACUUUUUUCCCAACAUUUUCUUAAUAGAGUUUUUAUAUAAAGAAGAAAAUAUUUUGUUGCCUUUCAUAGAUAAAGAGAAUGCUACUGAUUACAUCAGCAAGUUAUACAUUUCUUAGUUAUUAAAUGAGGGAGACCAAUUUGAUGUUAUUUGUAAUUUCUUCUUUACUUCUUCCCUAUCCCCUUGACUGUCUCAUAUCUAGUCAAUUAUUGUUUAAAUAUCUCUCCAGUGUUGUUUCCAUCCUGACUGCUACUUUUUCUAUUCAGGGCCAUUUCAAUAACCUCACUAACAGGCUUUAUCAAGUAGAAUGCUCCUAGUAUGUCUCUCUGCUAAGCGAUUGUCCAUAUCCUAAUCAGAAUCAUGUCAGUGAAGUACAAAGGAGUCCUGUUGCCUGCUUAAAAUUCUUCAUUACCUUCUUGAAGAAUUGGUGCUACCUUCGGAAGCACCAAUGAUAGUGGUGUAGCAUGCGGACAAGCAAUAGAACUAGCCUUCAAAGGCAGAACUGCAUUCAAAUCCUGGUUCCACCAACUUGCUCAACUGUCUUCGCUUUAUUUUUCCUAUCUUUACUUGAGGGAAAUAUCUAUCUUAAAGAAUAAUUAUUUGUAUUAUAGUCAUGUCAUCUGUAUAAUGACUGGCCCUCCUUGUUAUAAAUGGACUCUCAGGAUAGGAUAGGCCUUGUCCUUCUCCAUUUACCCACAGAAUAAUAAACCUCUACCUAUUUCAGUAUUACCAUCUAGGCUUUCUCAACCAGGCUCAUCAUUUGAACCAUAAAAGUCACAAAUUUUUCAAGUAACUAUGUUCUCAAUCCUAAGGAUAGUGUAUAACUGGUACCUCCCUCCUUUUUCUUUAACAAAUGAGGAGAUACUAUCUAACCAAUCACUCCUUAUUUAUUUAUUUAUUUAUUUGAAAGAGUUAGAGAGAGGUAGAGACAGACAGAGAGAGAGAGAGAGAGAGAGAGAGAGAACGAGAGAGAGAGAGAUCUUCCAUCUGUUGGUUCACUCCCCAGGUGGCUGCAGUGGCUGGGAGGAAGCCAGGAGCUUCCUGUGGGUCUUCCAUGUGGGUAGCAGGGGCCCAAGCACACUGGUCAUCCUCUUCUGCUUUUCCCAGGCUACUAGCAGGGGCCUAGGUUGGAAGUGGAGUAGCCAGGAUGCAAAGCAGCACCCAUAUGGGAUGCUGGUGUCGAAGAUGACACCUCUGCCUGCUAUAGCACAAUGCCAGCUGCAGCACAUACCAUUUUAAAUACAUUGAAGAGAAAUUAAUCCAAUACAUAUAAUGGAUAUCUUAGGACACUAGAACUUAAUUUUCUAGCUGAACUCUGGUUGAGAAAUACUGACACAAAACCUGGCCACAAAGUACUUUAAGCAAACAUUCUAACUAAAGUGAUGACUUCAGGUGAGCAACUCAAGUGUACCUAUACACUCUGCCAGACUAGAGUUGAACCGUAUGUAGGCCCUCAUUGUACCUUUCCAAAAGCUUACUCCAUUAAAUAGUAAUCCAGCGAGACUGUUUGCUAAAACACUGGAAGUAGCAAAUCAGUUUUUUCUGUUUCCUUACUUGAAUUUCAACAAGAUUAUAAAUAUAGCCCAAGAUCAACUAACUAUACACCUGGUGAAGUUAAUUGAGCCACGUUCACCAACUAUAAAAUCAAAUUAUGCUUUAAACCCAUUGACUGAAAAAUAUGCUUUGAGAUUAUAGUGUGCAUGCUGCUAUCAAGAGAGCCAUGCUCAUCAUAUAAAAUCAGGGAAAAAUUAAAGAAGGAUAAAAACUGUCUUAAGAUACUGAUUAGAAGAUUACAUGUGAAUUCAGAAAGUGUGAACAAAUUAGGGAGCUCCUUUGGGAACAGCUGUACAUUCAACCAAAUGCAUAGAAAGUGUUACUCUUCUGAUGUUGAAAAGAGAAAAAAAUAAAUGCUGGAGGUGUAAUCAGACAUAGGGUACAAACAUUGUUUUGUCAUAGGACCAAAGUUUUACAAUUUGAAUAUGUUAGAAAAUUUUUAAAGCUCAAAAAACCCUACGCAGUAACACUUAAGCAAUAAGAAAUAUUCUAGAAACUUGAAAAAUAAGUUAAGAAGUAAAAUCAUUUUAACAGCAAAAGGUCUUAGUUGUUUAAAAAAAAAAUAAUAAUUCCAAGCCCCCUUCUUAGUGGAACUCAAGAACAGUUAAGUUUCUGUGGUUUCUGGAGCUAGGCAAGACAAGGCCUGCAAGUAGCAGCCUGCUUUAUAAACAGCUGAUUUGGAGACUGGAAGAGACAGGAACUGACACCAGACAUAGUCAGAUAAUUUCAUACAUAACGAUUUGCAGGUGAAAACCAUGAAGUCUGCAGAUCUGUUUACUAACUACAAGAGGAAAGUUUUCUUUGUAUCUGUUAGUAAGAGCUCGGUGCAUAGAUCACAUGAAACCACCAUUUGGCUGUGAGUAGAAUGAAAUUAGCCAUGUUCGUCUUUUCAUCAACUGUGUAACAAGAAGAUUUUAAAUAAAAUGUAAAAUAAAAGGGCUGACUAUAUUGGCAUAUAAUGUUGUUAAGAACAAAGCAAAUCCGAAAUAAAAAGUAAUUGUAUUUCCAAUGGUUGAUUUUUUUAAGCUUUGUGUGUGUGUGUGUGUGUG